AUAAUUGAAUAAGUAGAUAAUAUGGUAAUGAGAGUUCCUAGUAGCAUAGCAUGGCCCUGUAAAAAGCUAGUGCCAUGCAAGAGUAAGAAAAGAAGAUCGAGGGAAGUUAGCAAGAGUGUUCUGAAGAGGAGAAAUGGAUUGAUAAGUAGAAGUGUGGAGGCAUUUGUGGAAAUAGACCUCACUAGUCAAGGCAAAACCGGAUCAAUUUUAAGCUCUAAAGAAACAAGUAGCCCCAAAAACAGAACACUGGAGGAAUGUCUCAAAAACAGUAAUUUAAAGAUGAACGAUACAGAAAAAAUGGACCGUAAGGAGUAAGGAAAACACAUGAAGGAAUAUUUCAAUUAGGUUAUAUCUAUGGGACGAAGAAUCAGGAUUCAUAAUUAAAUACCCUCUAUACAAGGAAUCACAGGACGAUUAUUUCAGGUCACUAGUACCCUCAAACAUUAAAUCGAAAAAAGAAGAUGACGACGUGGAAACGGAUGAAAAAACUAUAGAAUGGAGCCUCGACGUUGUUGAAAAGUAUUUGUCU